CUUCGAGUCUUACUCUCCUCGACCAAUGUUCCUUCAAGGCCAUUAAUAUCUGUGGGAUGGUGCAGAGUGAGAAAGAUGACACUGACUGGCAGCAUACCCUGACUACAUCUGAAGACAAGGACCACACCUUGGUGGGCCGCUGCACAGGUAGGGGAUAUUUCAUGCACCUGAACACCACGGAAGGAAGCCCGGGACAAUCAGCUGUUUUGGAGUCCCGCUUCCUCUACCCGAAAAGAGCGGCAAAGUGCCUGCAGUUCUUUUACAAGUUUGAUGGAAGUCAGCAAGAUAAACUCAUCAUCUGGAUUAAAAAAGACGACGGGACCGGAAACGUUAGGAAAAUGGUGAAGCUGCAAACAUUUUACGCUGAUGAAGAACAGCACUGGAAGUUAGCGACCAUUCCCUUCAACAGCCAGACCAAGUUCCGCUACGCCUUCCACGGCAUCAGAGAAGACCCCGGCAACUCUACCGGCGGGAUCAACAUCGACGACGUCAGUCUGACCGAGACCCAGUGCCCCACGGGGGUCUGGCAGAUCACAAACUUCACUGCCCUUUCAGGCAGCACCUCCCAAGGCGACUAUAUUUCCAGCCCGUUGUUCUACAACUCAGAAGGUUACUGUUUUGUGCUGAGACUAUACCCCCACGGUGUGGCCAGCUCCAGUGGAAACUACUUGGGUAUCCAUUUUGCUCUGUGCAGCAGCCAGAACGACGGGGCUCUCGAGUGGCCGGCAGGGAACAGGCAAGUGACGUUCACCGUCGUGGAUCAAGAUCCCGAUCUCACCCAAAGGAUGUCAGCAAGCAGGGUCUUUACUACAGAUCCUGACCAACUAAGCAAUGGGCAACUUCUUUGGAAUAAACCCUCCAUUACAGGAUCUUUAGACCCUUUAUAUGAUCGCCACGUCGGCCCCUUUUACGGCUGGAACAGCGUCCUGCACCGCAGAGAACUGCUGCGGAGGAGUUUCCUCAAAGACGACUCUCUGAUCGUCUUUGCGACCUUCGAAGUUGUUGAAGAUCCAGGGAGCGUUUUAUAG